AUGUCAACUACUACAACAACAGCUUCAACGUCAAAUCCUACCACUACCGGAACUAGCAGUUCAACCUCGGAAAUCACGACAACGUCAAAUCCUACCACUACCGGAACAAGCAGUCCAACCUCGGAAAUCACGACAACGUCAACUCCUACCACUACCGGAACAAGCAGUCCAACCUCGGUAAUCACGACAACGUCAACUCCUACCACUACCGGAACUAGCAGUCAAACCUCGGUAAUCACGACAACGUCAAAUCCUACCACUACCGGAACUAGCAGUUCAACCUCGGAAAUCACGACAACGUCAAAUCCUACCACUACCGGAACUAGCAGUCCAACCUCGGUAAUCACGACAACGUCAAAUCCUACAAAUACCGGAACUAGCAGUUCAACCUCGGAAAUCACGACAACCAGUCCAACCUCGGAAAUCACGACAACGUCAACUCCUACCACUACCGGAACUAGCAGUCAAACCUCGGAAAUCACGACAACGUCAAAUCCUACCACUACCGCAACUAGCAGUUCAAUCUCGGAAAUCACGACAACGUCAACUCCUACCACUACCGGAACUAGCAGUCCAACCUCGGAAAUCACGACAACGUCAAAUCCUACCACUACCGGAACUAGCAGUCCAACCUCGGUAAUCACGACAACGUCAAAUCCUACAAAUACCGGAACUAGCAGUUCAACCUCGGAAAUCACGACAACGUCAACUCCUACCACUACCGGAACUAACGUCAACUCCUACCACUACCGGAACUAG